GUAUUGAUUAUACAAGUAAAAUGAUUUUUUCUCUACAUUAUAAGUACAUACAUACUUUGAUUAAUAAUAUCAAUUUCUUUUUGUACUAAUAAAUUUGAUUUGAUAUUAAUCAGAUUUCUUCUCUAUAACCGAUUUAAUUAUUCAAUUAUAUAAUUUAGUAAUAUGGAUCUUUUAGCUGUCAUUGGCCUAAUAACUGUAAUUUAUAGUCUUGUUUACAUUAUUUGCCCUUGGUUCCUUGAUUGUGACUUACAUCUUGCUAUCUAUGAAAAAUUUGGCAAACCUACAAGUACUUUAAGAAAUAAAGUAGUAUGGAUAACAGGAGCAUCAAGUGGAAUUGGAGAACAUCUUGCAUAUGUUUUGGCAGAGGCUGGGUGCAAAUUAAUUUUGUCAGCACGCAGGGAAGCUGAAUUGGAAAAAGUAAAAGUUAAUUGCUUGAAAAAAAAUACAAAUUUAAAAAGUUCAGACAUUGAAGUGCUAGUUCUAAAUAUUUGUGAUGUAAAUGGUCAUGAGUCAGCAUUUAAUAAUAUCAUUGCUAAAUUUGGCAAAUUGGAUGUACUUGUAAAUAAUGCAGGACGAUCACAACGAGCAGUAUGGGAGAAUAUUGAAAUAUCCGUUGACAAAGAAAUGUUUGACUUGAAUGUAUUUUCACCAAUAGCUUUAUCUAGAUUAGUAGCAAAAUAUUUUUUCAAAGUAGGUGCAGGUCAUUUUGUAUUCACUUCGAGCAUUGCUGGUGUUACGGCAUCACCAUUUUCUGCUACAUAUUGUGCAAAUAAAUUUGCAUUACAUGGUUAUUGUAAAACUUUUGCUUUAGAAAAAACUCAUGAAAAUAUACCAAUUACAAUUGUAUGUCCAGGGCCAGUAUAUACUAAUUUUUUGAUAGAAGCAUUCACUGAUAAAAGUGGUGAAAAAUAUGGAGAAAAUGUGAAAGAAAAUUCGGCAAAUAAAGUGAGUGUAGAACGUUGUGCUACACUGAUGGGAAUUGCAAUAGCAAACAAGCUUUCUGAAGUGUGGAUUUGCAAACCACAUAUACUACAGCUGGUGUAUCUUGGAGUUUAUUACCCAAAUAUUGGAUUAUGGAUAAUGAAGUAUCUGGGAUCAAAAUUUAUGCAUCGUUUGCGAGAUGAUAAAACAGAUAUUAAAACAAGUACAAAAGAAACACAAUGAAUAUAUAUUUUUUCUUACACUUAAAUAUAUAUUA